GUGUGUGUGAACUGAAGAAGAACCCACCACCAAAUUGAACGGACCGGCAGCACUAUAAAAGAGCCGCACGCUGCCCUCGACCUGUCACAGCAACCUCAGCGCUCGUUGAGUAAGCAACACACGCAACGAUCUCUCGACUUAAAAAAAAAUAAUUUUAACAACGAUCUCGCUCGGAACUACGCGACAACAAUCCAAACAACGAUCUUCUUUAAAUAAACUCAAACAAAGCAUAAACAUGAGCGCCAACUACAAGAGCUGCCCGCUUAAGAAGCGCCCCAUUGUAUUCGUAGAGGAGCUGCCGCAAACGGAGGCCUUGGCUCUGACCAAGCACUCACAGUUUGAGGAGCAGCCACAGGAUCUGUCGCUCAAGCGCAAGGCGAGCGCACUGGACUUUGAGGAUUACACGCUGCCCGCCAAGCGCGAAUACGUGCUCAAUCUGUCCAAGACGCCAGUGACGCCGCCACGCCACUCACCGCUCAGCUCGGCGCUGCUCUCGCCACCUGCCGAGCCCCAGGGCGAGCACAUCGAUAUACAUAUGCGCGGACUGACAGCAGCCACCGCUGGCUACACCACCAAUCCAUAUCAAUCUGCCUUUGUGCUCGCCGCCGGCUGCAAUCCCAUGACUGCGCUAUGGAACAGCUAUCAGCCACAACUGAAUGCAGCUGCAUUCCCAUCGCCUGCCAGCUCCAUGGCCUCGCCGCAUUCGGUCUACAGCUAUCAGCAGAUGACGCCGCCCAGCAGUCCCGGGUCGGAUGCAAGCUCCGAGCCCGAGGAUCUGUCCGUGCGCAACGACAUACCGCUGCCAGCGCUGUUCCAUCUCUUCGACGAGUCGCGCAGCAGCAGCCAGAGCAGCCACGCCUCCUACGCUGCUGCCAGCGCCGCCUCCAGCUUGAACAGCAGCACUGCCGCCGGCCACAGCCUCAACAGCAGCAGCAGCAGCAGCAACGCCUCCAAGAAUUAUCGCUACAAGUGCGACAACUGCCAGAAGAUGUACUCCACCUCCAUGGGUCUGUCCAAGCAUCGCCAGUUCCACUGCCCCGCCGCCGAGUGCAACCAGGAGAAGAAGCAGCACUCCUGCGAGGAAUGCGGCAAGCUCUACACCACCAUUGGCGCCUUGAAGAUGCACAUCCGCACCCACACGCUGCCCUGCAAGUGCCCCAUCUGCGGCAAGGCCUUCAGCCGUCCCUGGCUGCUGCAGGGUCACAUACGCACGCACACCGGCGAGAAGCCCUUCCAGUGCCCCGACUGCCCGCGCUCCUUUGCCGACCGCUCUAAUCUGCGCGCGCAUCAGCAGACCCACGUCGAUAUCAAGAAGUACGCCUGCCAGGUCUGCCACAAGAGCUUCUCGCGCAUGUCGCUGCUCAACAAGCACACCAGCUCCAACUGCACCAUCACCAUAGUCUAAUCGCAGAAGCUCUCCAACUCCAACUGCAGCAAGAAGAUGAAACCAAAGCUCACACACAUUCCGCUGGCAAGGACCUACAACCAAAACGCAGACAAUAAAGUCUACAAAGCUCUCUCUAGUUAGCAUAGUUAACGUUUAAGUAUUAACGGUUUUGGUGCUAUACACUCUACUAUUUAUUCAAUAAUUUAUAACUAGUUGUAGUUGCAGCAUCUUUUGUAUAUUUGCACAUC